AUGGUCAAGAUUUUCUCCCUCUCCGUUGUUCUUGCGCCUCCGUCUGGUUCUUGUACUGUUCUCAGCAAUGCCACCGAUCUUUCUUCGUUUUCCUUCUAUCAGAGAGGCUCCGUUGGAGAAUUCAUGACCUUCCUCUCCCGAACGGUCGCAGAACGGACCCCUCAAGGUCAGCGCCAGAGCGUCCAGGAGAACAAUUACGUUGCUCACGUCUAUAACCGUGGCGGCGCCGAGCAACUUGCGGCCGUAAUCAUCACCGACCAAGAGUACCCCGUUCGACCUGCCUUCUCACUGCUCACUAAGAUUCUGGACGACUUCACCGCCAAAAUCCCGCAGUCCUCAUACUCUAAUCCAUCGGCCAUCAGCUUCUCUGAAAUCAAUGGUUACAUCCAAAGAUAUCAGGACCCGCGACAGGCUGACACGAUCAUGAAAGUGCAGCAGGAGCUGGAUGAGACAAAGAUUGUUCUGCACAAAACGAUCGAAUCGGUUCUCGAACGAGGCGAGAAACUUGACAAUCUCGUCGAACGCUCGACCGCGCUUUCAGCACAAAGCAAGAUGUUUUACAAGACGGCCAAGAAGCAAAACUCUUGUUGCGUUAUCAUGUGA